CCGGAAUUCAUCCAGAAACUCCGUAAGAAGCUCGCAAGACAGGCUGGGUGCCGUGCCCCGCUCCGCCUGUGACCUCGGGAGACUCGCCAGUGACCUCGAACUCCAGCCCGGAUGCUGAUUACUUACUCCUCAUGGGAACCUCAGAAACUGGAUUUCUGGUCUGAUUUACAGAAAAUGUUCCUGAGAGCCCCGCCCCCACCCACGGCGGGCGACGCGGGGCGGCCCUAGGUGAAUCCCCGCCGGUGGCACCGCCGGAGGCUCCGCCUCCCUGGGCCACCGCCCUUGUCACCUGCCGCCCAGGGUCCUGGCUUCGGGCGGCGGGAAGCGGGCGGCGGGCGGCGUGGACCCCGGGGACUCCGGGGACCGAAAUGUGGCGGUCCGGCCAGUGGACGCCCCUACUCCUGUUCCUGCUGCAGAGCGCCCUAGGAAGGCCCAGUCUAGCCCCACCCAGAAAUGUGACACUGUUCUCUCAGAACUUCAGUGUUUACCUGACCUGGCUUCCAGGGCUUGGUAAUCCUCCAAAUGUGACCUAUUUCGUGAAAUACCAAAGCUAUACCAAGCACCGUUGGCGAAGUGCAAAGCAUUGUGCAGGCAUCAAGGCUCUGGUGUGUCCCCUGAUGUGCCUGAAGAAACAGGACCUGUACACCAAGUUCAAAGGACGAGUACAAGCAGCUUCUGCACAUGGCAGGUCUCCACAGGUGGAGUCCAGGUACCUGGAAUACCUUUUUGACGUGGAGCUAGCCCCACCCACUCUGGUGCUCACCCAGAUGGAGAAGAUCCUAAGGGUCAAUGCCACCUACCAGCUGCCGCCUUGCAUGCCGUCGCUGGAACUGAAGUACCAGGUGGAAUUCUGGAAGGAGGGCCUGGGAAAGAAGACCCUGUUUCCAGACACGCCAUAUGGCCAGUCAAUGCAGAUUCCUCUCCAGCAAGAUGCUAGUGGACGCCACUGCCUCAGCGCCAGGACGGUCUAUACCUUAAUUGACAUUAAGUACAGCCUGUUCUCUGAGCCCAGCUGCAUCUUCGUAGAGGUCCCAGGGGCCAACAGGGCUGUCCUGGCGAUGUCCUUACUCUUGCUUCUACUGAUAGCAGUGGCUGCAGCGGGUGUGGCAUGGAAGAAAAUGGAGGGAAACCCCUGGUUUCAAGGGGUGAAGACGCCCCGGGCACUGGACUUCUCCGGAUACAGAUGCCCAGUGGGAACCUUUCAUCCCAGUGGGCCUGAGUUCUCAGACGACUUGAUCCUCUGUCCCCAGAAGGAACUGACCAUAAGGAUCAGACCAGUCCCUCAGGUCAGAGACACAGCCACACUACAAGAAGGCCCAGAACAAGACAGUACUGAGGAUGAAGACGAGGACACCGACGACGAUGACGGGGACAGUGUCCAGCCCUACGUGGAACGGCCCCUUUUCGUCAGGGAGAAGCUCCAGGCUGUGGAGCACACAGAGGCAGAUGAAUCUGGUGUGGAUUCAGGGGGGCCCUGGACAUCCCCAGUUGGGAAUGAAGGCUCAUCUGCAUGGGACUCUUCAGACAGAAGCUGGUCCAGCACAGGGGACUCCUCAUCUAAGGAUGAAACUGGAUCUUCCAGCUGUUUGGACCAGAAGGAGCUGGACCAGGAGAAGCCAUAUGGGGAUGGGCACCAGGAGGCUCUCCCAUGCCUAGAACUUUCUGAGGACUUGGGCACUGUGGAAGAGCAUCUGAAAGAAGACCUCUCCAGGUGGAGAGUUUGGGGUUCCUUAUCCCCAAAGAGAGAUCUGGCUCCCGUGGAGCCCCCAGUUUCUCUCCAGACACUGACUUUCUGCUGGGACAACAAUCCGGAGGAGGAGGAAGAAGAGGAAGAGGAGGAGGAGGAAGAAGAGGAGGAAGACUGGGAAUCAGAACCUAAGGGCAGCGACGCUGGCUGUUGGGACACUUCAGGCCUGCAGAGGACGGAGGUCAGGGGCGGGAUGCUGGGAGGAUACAUGGUCAGGUGAGCUGGCCCUGGUGGUCUGUCCAUGCUAUCUCUACUGCACUUCCCCGGACCAGAGCCGCCUCCAAGAGUCCCUCUGAGUGGUAGCCAAGGUCCUGGUCCUUCUUUAUGGGCCUUUAUGGCACUUUGUCAUUUGGAUUGAGCUGUAAGAUGUCACCAUUUCCAACGUGAGCGGGACGGAGCUGUGGUCAGGGACUAGUUGAGUUCCAGUCUGCCCCUGGUCCCUGGGAUGAUAGGCCUCAUGGAAAAAGAAAUUGCCCUCAGACAAAAAUGAAACAGGUAAAGCCAGGUGGCCAUGGACGCCAAGGAUAGACACGCCCUAGUCCAUAAGUCACACACUGUGUUGCGCAAAACAGACCUCAGUCCAAAUCACUAGUCUGCCGUUUCCGGUAGUCACUGAGCAAGUGAUUCUUAACCUCUAUACCUCAGUUUCCCCUCAGUUUCGGCAGCUGUCACGUGGGUAUGACAAGGAUUCGGGGAGUUUUCAGGCAGCGGGUGGCAUGGGGCCACCAAUGUCACGUGUACUGACUAGGCACUAGAACCCGUCAUCAGUCCAGACUCCGGGAGGCUCCAGGCAAUCUCUCACCAUCGACCCCAAAGCCAAGAGUGACAACACGCCUGCCUUCCAACCUGUCUACCCUCUAGGUCACCACAUUUCUUCCUUGUCACCUUCUAGUUGGGGGCUCCCAGAAACCACAGCCAGCCAACUUUGUUUCUUUCUCAAACAUAGUUCACCUUCCAGGGUGGACAUUGGUUGGGUCAGAGUGGAAACUGCACUCCUGACCUGAUGUCCUUUUUGAGUGGCAUUGUAUCAGGGUUUACGUUUUUGGGGUAUUUGUUUGUUUGUUUGUUUGCUUGUAUCUGUUUGGGUCAUAAUGAGGUCCCAGUAUCUGAGAAGCUAGUAUCGUUUAGAAACAGGUGACUGUCCUUCUUGGGGUGCCAUGUGUGUCCUUGGUCUGCAAGUGUCACUCACAGAAACAAAGUCUUUGUAGCUGAGGAUCUAAGCAUGUAGCCUUGCAGAACUCAGGCACCCUAUAAGGUGGAGAGUUUCAACCUCCCUAACACUACCAGCCCUAAACAGUUGCUAUGGUGACCCCCAUCAUAAGAUCAUUCCAUUGCUACUUCAUAACUGUAUGUUUGCUAUUCUUAUGACUCAUAAUGUAAAUAGCUGUGUUUUCCAGGGGUCUUAGGCGACCACUGUGAAAAUGUCAUUGGGCCCCUAAAGGGGUCAUGACCCACACAGAGGUUGAGAAACACGACCUUAAGGGCAUCUAAUUCAAGGGUUCUCUAGGUCAUCCCCAAAGGCCUUUGGGGCUCCAGGAUCCUCCCCCUUCAGUGGGAGUGGCCUCACUGAGCUAACGUAUAUAACAGUGGCUUUAUGUAGACUGUAUGCUGAUUGGGGUUCACAGCUAAGAAAACCGCAAAGCACUGUCCCCGGUACAUAUCUGUAUCAUUUCAAACUAACUUUAGUGACUCAAUAUGUGUGUCCCCAAGAGUUCCCAGAGCCAUCAAACUGACAGGAGGUCUUCACGAGCACCUCUGGGACGCAUGCGCACACACACACCUACCUCCUUGGGGUUUCCCCACAAUGAUGCUUGACCACAUCACUGAGCCCAGAAGCAGAAGAAAUGCGCAUUCGGGAGGACGCAUACGUGAAGGCCACAGCGCAGGAGACGCGCCUAGAAACGUCCCAGCCAAGGCCAGUCAGUGUCUUUCCUGAGACGCAGCCAAGCUGCACCACGGAGGAGGCUCUGUCAGAAACCCUUCAAAAUGGCGGUGAUGACAGCGUUGGCCUCGCCUUCCAAACUUGCUCUCUGAUAGUGCACCUUACCGUUUACAGUGCUUCUCAAUGUUUACUUUCUGACCUAGCCUUCUCGUCAUUCUUAAUCCCAGCCCCUUUCAGCCAUUAGGUCAUUGACAAAAGACCUGUGGGAAGCCUAUGGAAAAGGCAGGAGGAACAACCCAGAAGUUUAUAAUGUGUGCUCAGAACUUACCUUACAUCAUAUCCCUGUACACGAACAGUCUCUGGGGACCUCAGGAUAGCAAGGUCAAAGUGACUGACUAGGGUAGCAGUGGUGUGUAGCUUUAGCACACUGAGGCUAUCUAUCUUAUGUGUUUGUGUUACUUUUCCUGCAUAUUUGUAUUUUUGUCGAAUUUUGCACUGUAUUUUAUAACCCUAUUUAAACAAUUCUUUAAUAUCUAUUGGUAUAAUACCCAAAACCUUAAAU